CAUGGCCUGGUGCUCAUCCGAGCUAGGUCCUUCCGUCUACAUUCCAUCUUCUUUUUGGAUCGACUUGUGUUAACUGAUGAAACAAAUGUAUCGGUAAAAAGCAAGGAUAUCUACAUCUUCCCGUGGUUCAUAUGUUUUUAUACACAAACCUGUGUUUCGGGUUGGAGUUCAUUGUUUACCAUACAUGUGGAAGGUCCUGUGCGCGAACUGAGAGCUAGGGAUCAGUUUUCUCAUUUACCACAGAGAGGGAUCCGAUAUGCAUAUACACUGUGAAACAUUGAAUUCGCUCCAACAACACUGCACCGUGUGGCGCUGGUGCCGCUGUUGUAUUAUGAAGUCCAAUGCUAGCCUGUUUAGUUGCGCUUUGAUCUAUUUCAUGUUGCAUUCUUAAUAAAGCAUAGGCAAAAUCAGACUGGGAUAAGAAAAUUAGCAUUAACUGCACGCCAUCGCAGAACAGUUUUAGAAGUUGAAACGUUUGUCCGAAAAAAACAUUAUAUAGAGAUAUGCCUACAGAGGCAUAGAUCUUCGUCAUUCAUUAUAUACGUAGAUUCUAUACAUAUAUAAAUAGAAAUCUAGACAGAUUAAUUAAACAUGAUUAUCAGCAUUUUGAAAAGUCUGGCGUCUAUUAUUUCACUUUGGGGAUUUUUUUUUAAACCAAGCUACUGUAGAGCAGUUGACUUUAUUGUGAAAAAUACCCAUCUAUAGAUAUUUAAACGCACCCUUGCUACGGCUUGUUUUUUUUGUUGUUGUUUUUUUUCUACCGCGUGACGUUAUUCUAUAAAUAACAUCUCCAUUUUAUAUGGGGAUUUCCAGCAAGCGUCUCAUUGUUUAAUGUUUCAUUACCUUAAUUGGAUUGCACCUACUCACUGGAGUGCUUCAGUUUAAAAUAUAUCCGGUUUGAAGAUCGGAAAGUUCAUAUAUUUAAUUAUCAUAACCGUUAAUAAAGAGGACAAUUUGGACAGAUUUAUAAAUAGACACCGGGAAGGAAAUACCAACUCUAUUUUUAGAAUGGUUGGGUUUCUAGAGUCUGAGGAUUCCUAGAAUAACGUGGAAUAAAGAAACAGGGACAUGUGUUAUUCUUUUAAAUAAAUGUUUUGAUAUGAUUUAUUUCUUUGAAUACUGAUGAAUAAGUGGUCAGACUGACCAGGUCAGGGAGUGGUGUAAAGGUUGUUUGGUGAAAUGCAAAAAGUGGGACAGUAGUCGGAUACUACAUGAAGUCUGGACACGCCCUUAUUUAAAACGAAAGAACAGUAUUGAUAAGACCAUACAUUCUUUAAAAUGUCUGACAGACCUGAGGAUCUGCGGAAAGAGCUUGAAACUAUUGUCAAAUUUGAAUAUGACGUCUUUGUUAUAUUCGCGACAGAGGAUGAAGAUCUUGCAAAACAUGUGUGUGAAGGACUUGAACAAAUUCAACUACGAUGCAUUGCUCAGUUCAAACAUGAUACUUUCCAAAUUGGACAAAACGUUUUUGAUAAUGUAGUCAGUAAUGUAUCUAGGUCAAAUAAAACAUUGCUGCUCCUUACGGAGAAAUCCCUUAACAGUCAUUGGGUGACCUUAGAAACUAUUUUAGCUCUAGAAGAAUCAAAAAGAUCAAAUAUGUUGAGGGUACGAAUGUUACUCCAUAAUGUUGCUGAAAGGGAUAUUAAAUUCUUAAAGAGGGGCAUUCUUGCCAGUGUGCCUCACAUUAAAGUAGAUUUCAAUAAAAAUGAAUGGAACACACUUUUAGCACAAGAAAUCAACAGUGAAAUUUCACUGCCAGAAGUGUUGCCUGUGGGUAGUAUGGCUCAUGGUCUGGUAUUCUCUCACUACACAGGGUUUUUAUGCCAUGUGUUACCAGUAUUAAAGGAGGAAAUACAGAAGACCAACAUAUACAAGAAAAAACAUCUACAUGUUUCUACAAAGUAUUACAUGCUGCUUCCUGGAACAUGCAACAUUCGCGAUGAUCUGACAUCAUAUGACGAGGAGGAGAACAUAAAGAUCGAAAAACAAGAAAAUCUGAAAUUUGAAAAACCACAUGCUGGGAAAAAAAGGACCUUUUCAUUGUCAAUAUACAAGAUAUCAAAAGGAACUGAGGAGUUUUACUUUUUUGCUGAUUUCCCGAAUGUGCUGAAAGCUAUGUUCAGGAUGGAGAAUGAACGUCUCGCAGAUGUGGACAUUCGAUUCCAGAUUGCAAGGUUCUAUUUCACCAUGAAUGAGAUGAUCAACCAUGCGGAAAAUGAAGUCUGUCAUAACACAGUACAGUUAAUCCUGUUCAAUGAAAAUGUGGAAUCUAUGCAGGCUGCCUUAUGGCAUGCAGUGUCGCACAAUGUACCAGCAGAAGUGUUGGAAGAAAUGCAGGGCAUGCAUAUUAACCAGCAGCCAAUACAGAGGCUGUGUGAGAGACAGUCAAGCAAUGACAAGGCUGAAAGAGAUGCCACAAUAUCAUGUUGUGAUGAAUGUUUGAAGGAUCGACAUGUUGCAGAUGAAAUUGAAGAAUUUCUACAGAACAAGGGGAAAUAUGUUGAAACUAAUCCCGGUGUGAAAAGUUUCGAUUUACCAAAGGCAAAGUGGCAUAUAUUUGUUUUGUCACAAGAGGCGUUAGAAACAUCUUACACAUUGGCAAAAUUAUGUAUGGCUGCCUUGGCAGACAGUUUGAGUGACAAUGCAUUACGUGUUCUGGUUGUGAUUAGAGAAUUGGAACCAAGGAAUAUUCCAAGGUUUAUCAAAAGUGUUAACAUGCUGAAAGUCUCAGAGCCAAACUAUUGUGAAAAGCUUCUGAAGACAAUGACUGGUGAAGUGUUAAGACUUGAGCACAGUUUGCCUGCUGGAGAUGUUGCUACAGGUCUUGCCUGGGCGUACGUUAUAAAUUACCUUGUUGUUACAUUGCUUGGAACAUCCUCACCGGAAACUGGGCAUUUAAAUUUCAGAGGAAGAAUACAGAAGUUUUUAAAAGACCACAGCAUUCCUAAUGGUUGUAUUUACAAGAUGUUUAUUUUGUUGCCAAAGUCAUGCACAACAGCGACCAACCUUGCUGACAAAGCAAAUGAAGGAGUAAAUGCAGUGAACAUUAAAAAAGGAACUGGGUUUGUGACUAAACUUGGAAGUAUUGAACCUGUAGUUUGUAAUACAGGAGGGCAGCUUAACAGACCAUUUUACUUACAGAUGUACAAGCAUGAGGACCCGAGGUCACAAAGGAGUAUCUGCUUCAUAGCUGAAUACUGUACACCUGCAAACUGUAUGCGAGAGAUGGUGGAGAACUAUAAAUUUGCUGGACUAGAAGAAGAUGAGAUGGCAAAACAAUGUGAUGAUUUUGUGGAAAUACUUCCAAACAUAAUGCAGAGAGAGGCAGUGAAGAAAAGGCUUGGUGAUAUCAGUGACCUUGUAGAACUGAUAUGUUAUGAUGACAAAACUGAAUCAUUGUUGUCAGCCAUUGAGGACCAUAUUGGAAAAGGUAGCCCAGACAUAGUGUAUGCAAAGGACAUACCACGGACUGGAGACCAGAAUUAUCACCUGCCUUGAAAUUCACUCAGCUGUCACCUGGUUACCCAGUCAAAUAAACACUUCUUACAAUCAUGAGAAUCAUUUUUACCUGUAGCCUGCUGGCGGCAAAUGAUUUUGCUUGCAACCAGUGCUGGCUGAUCACGGUCUACACUGUUCUUUUCAGUCAAUAAAUUUUCAAGGAACACUUUGAAUGAUAAAUGGUACUGUCCAUAUUGAAAGAUGGACUAGUCUAUUUUAGAAAUUUAGCAGGCUAAAGGUUAAAUGAUUUUUGUGUUUUACAGAAACAAAUGUAAUCAUACAUAUUGUAAAAAGAUCACCAUUAUGAACUUUGAGCAAGUAAGGAUUACAGUUGGUAUUUUUCUUUACUUUCCAGGGUAUAAUUUAUCUUGAUGGGGGUAUUUACCCAAAUUAUUAUGGGAAAACUGUAGUUCUUUUGGACAGUAUAGUUGUGUCCUCAUAAAACCACCAGAAUAUAUCUGUUUCAGCUAGUGAAGUUAUUGGAAAUUUUACAGGGGAAUUUUCAUAUCCAAAGAAAUGCCUUUUAAAAAAUACUCAUAAUAAUUAUUAUUUAAAAACAGUCCCACUAAAAGACUUAAAAUGUCUGUAUAUUGAAACUGCUUCAUUGCCAUAAAAGGACUGUGAGACUGAUUUGGUUAGCUUUUGUUUGUGAAAGAGAUAUGCUGGCAAAUUAGUACUGAUGCUCAUUUUCUUUAGGGAACAAAUGGUUUUUAAAAUGUAUGAAAGCUCCCAGCAAGAAAAGGUUGUGGACAGCCAUAUAUAUGAAUAAUGUGAUAGAAUUAUUUGAUAGUUUGUUUAACUGUUUAGAAAUGACUUGAAAGAAGCUUAAAAUUCUAUAUAAUACAUGUAUUCUUAGAGCCUGCCCGCUUAGCUCAGUAGGGAGAGCGUUGGACUACGGAUCGCGGGGUAGUGAGUCUGAUCCCAGGGCGGAGCUUAUGUUCUCUGUGACAAUUUGAUAAAAGACAUUGUGUCUGAAAUCAUUCGCACUCCACCUCUGAUAAUUCAUGUGGGGAAGUUGGCAGUACUUACGGAAAACAGGUUUGUGCUGGUACAGAAUCCAGGAACACUGGUAAAGUUAACUGCCCACCAUUACAUAACUGAAAUACUGCCCUCAACCCUAACAAACAUGUAUUUUUAUAUUUUCCAUAAAACAAGUUAUUGAUAUUUAGGUCAGCCUGUAAUUACAUAAUGUUACUGAACAUUAAAUGCCAUCUAAUAAUGAGGUUUUAAUAAACUUUAAGAUUGAUUGUUACAGUAAAAUUGUGAUUUUUAGGUGUAGCAUUGAACCUUGACAAAAUUUAGUUUAUACUAAUUUAUUUUAGUUUGAUUGUGAUGAAAGCUUAAAGCUUAUUGGAACCACUCUUGAGUCUGCUUCCUGGAAAAGCCAGUACUGGUGUCAUAUGAGAGGUCAUGGUCGUGACCCCAGUGGGGCUUGAACCCACGAGCCCUGGGUUGAGCAUCCGAUACCUUAACCACUAGACCACUGCUCCCCUCAAAGUUGACAAAAUUUGACAUAAUGAAUCAGUGAAAUUCAAUGUUUUCCUAUUAAAACUACAUCAUGUACACUUUUUCAUGUCAUGUCUGUACUUAUAAUUAAUGUAUUGUAUCUGAUUUUUUAUUUUGUUGACAAAACAAUUCUAAUGUGUCGGAAUAUGUUGUUGACUCACCUACUUUUUUACUGCUGUUUGUUUUGUUUUGAAACUUUUAGAAAUGGACAAAUUCAAUGUAUAUUCUAGACUUGUACAUCAUUUACUUGAUUGCUAUUUACAUAAAAUAGUUUUUUUUCAAACUUCAUAAAUCAUCUCAUAAUUUAGUCAGCUUUCAGCUAAAAAUACAUGUCCUUCUACAUAGGAUAUAGAUCUAUUUAUAUUUACAUUAAAAUACAGUACUGUUGAUGCAACCUACAUGUUAUUUGGCACUAUAUAGGCACACAAAAAAUAUUACCAUAUUUGAUCUACUGUUUUAUAUAAACAACAUUUCAUAAUCAAAAUUAUAUUAACAGAAUGUAGUUUCACUUUAUUUGCACAUGCUGGAGAGCAAAACAAAUCAUUAUGCCUGUACGCAUUAACUUAUCUUGUACCAUACAUGUCCCAAGAAAUACUUCUUUCCUAUUUCAUUCACUGUUUUACAUAUAUAGUAGAAUGGAAAUACUCCAAAUGGGUUGUAUGCAAUGGAGAAUAAUUCACAUGGGCUACUCACUCCUGAAAUUAUUCCCAAGAUAUAUAGCUUCUUGGCCAUGUUUCAGUUUAUGGUUCUGCUAUUUAUUAUUACUUAAUUUUUAGCUCACCUGUCACAAGGUGACAAGGUGAGCUAUUGUGACAGCUUGAUGUCCGUCGUCUGUCGUGCGUCAACAAUUUGUAAAAAAAUCUUCUUGAAAACCACUGGGCAGAAUUACACAAAACUUCACAGGAAUGAUCCUUGGGUGGCCCCCUUUCAAAAUUGUUCAAAGAAUUGAAUUCCAUGCAGAACUCUGGUUGCCAUGGCAACCAAAAGGAAAAACUUCUUCUUCUCAAAAACCAGAAGCCCUAGAGCUUAGAUAUUUGGUGUGAAGCAUUGCCUAGUGGACCUCUACCAAGUUUAUUUAAAUCGUGACCCCGGGGUCAAAAUUGACCCCGCCCCAGGGGUCACUUGAUUUUACAUAGGAAAAUCUUCAAAAAUCUUCUCAAAAACCAGAAGCCCUAGAGCUUAGAUAUUUGACAUGUAGCAUUGCCUAGUGGACCUCUACUAAAGUUGUUCAAAUCAUGACCCAGGGGUCAAAAUUGACCUCGCCCCAGGGGUCACUUGAUUUUACAUAGGAAAAUCUUCAAAAAUUUUCUAAAAAUAAACCAGAAGGCCUAGAGCUUAGAUAUUUGACAUGUAGCAUUGCCUAGUAGACUUCUACAAAAUCUGUUCAAAUCAUGACCCCGCCCCAGGGGUCACUUGAUUUUAUAUAGGAAAAUCUUAAAAAAUCUUCUUCCCAAAAACCAGAAGCCCUAGAGCUUAGAUAUUUGACAUGUAGUAUUGCCUAGUGGACCUCUACUAAAGUUAUUCAAAGCAUGAUCCCGGGGUCAAAAUUGACCCUGCCCUAGGGGUCACUUGAUUUUACAUAGGAAAAUCUUAAAAAAUCUUCUUCCCAAAAACCAGAAGCCCCAGAGCUUAGAUAUUUGACAUGUAGCAUUGCCUAGUGGACCUCUACUAAAGUUAUUCAAAUCAUGACCUCGGGAUCAAAAUUGACCCUGCCCCAGGGGUCACUUGAUUUUACAUAGGAAAAUCUCCAAAAAAAUUCUAAAAAUAAACGAGAAGGCCUAGGUCUCAGAUAUUUGACAUGUAGCAUUGCUUAGUAGACUUCUACAAAAUUUGUUCAAAUCAUGACCCCCGGGGUCAAAUUGACCCCGCCCCAUGGGGUUACUUGAUUGUACAUAGGAAAAUCUUCAAAAUUUUCUAAAAAUAAACCAGAAGGCCUAGAGCUUAGAUAUUUGACAUGUAGCAUUGCCUAGUGGACCUCUACAAAAUUUAUUCAAAUCUUGACCGCCCAGUGUCAAAUUGAUCCAGCCCCAGGGGUUACUUGAUUGUACAUAGGGAAAUCUUCAUAAAUUUGCUAAAAAUAAACCAGAAGGCCUAGAUCUUAGAUAUUUGAUAUGUAACAUUGCCUAGUAGACUUCUACAAACUUUGUUCAAAUCAUGACCCCUGGGGUAAAAUUGGCCACGCCCCAGGGGUUACUUGAUUGUACAUCGAAUAAUCUUCCAAAAAAUUUCUAAAAAUCAUCAGUUUGACAUUUGAAACAUGUAGCUCAUAUUACUCAGGGGAGCGAUCCAAGGUCAUCAUAACCCUCUUGUUAGUUCUGUCACAGCAAAAUAAACCAUAAAAACCAAAAAAAAAAAGUAGCGGAUAGUUUUGCAUUGUCUCAUGUAAUUUUGUGACUAGGCAAACCCUGGCGGUUUGUUAAAUGUAUCGCCCAUAUGAACCAUUUCUGCCUUUUUGAUUCACCAAAUAUAGUGUUAGUAACACAUUCAUAUUUAAAUCAUAAAAUAUAUCAGUAAUCUUUUAAUAUGUAUUUUAGAAUUAAUGGACCAUUUGUUAAUUUGAUGCAAUUUCUGUGAUUUUGUGAUAACAAAUACUGGAAGAAUAUAUAUAAUUUAUGUAUGAAUCUGUAUGAAUACAUUCAUUUUUAAAAUGCCAUAUCUUAAUCAAUUGCAUUUUGAUAUUUUGUUACUUUUUGUUGUAUAUUACUGCUAGUUUAAGAAAUUGUUUGAUAGUUGCAAAUGUUUGAAAUUACAAAGCAGCCAUAUGCUUUUAAUGUAUUUUCUGUUAUUUUUGUACAAAUCUUACUUUUUGUGGUGACAUUUCAACAAACACCUACCCCAGUUUGACAUAAUCCUUAAACUUUAAGAAUCAUUUUUAAAAAAAUCCCCAACUAAUACAUGUAUGGCAUCAUUCCAAAAUGAAAUCAUAAGUGUUUGAUGUACAAACAAUUUAUGCAAUUAUGCUUACUCUAACUUCUGCUAUCCAUUUCAAGGUCUUUUCUUAAAGGUCUUUGUAUGUAAUAUAAUUGUGUUUACCUAUGUAACUGGGAAAAAAAUUCUAAUUUUGCAAAUUUUAAAAUGAGGUAAAAUUGUCAAUGUAUAAAAAUAUGGUUGUGAAUUUAUCUUGUUUAAUUGUUACCUAUUUGUUUUUGAAUUGUAUUGACCCGUGCCAUGAGAAAACCAACAUAGUGGCUGUGCGACAGUUCAUUAACAGUUUCUCUAAUUGCAAUAGACUUUGAAAGAGAACAGCAUGGAUCCUGACCAGAAUGCGCGGAUGCGCAGGCUGGUCUGGAUCCAUGCUGGUCGUAAAGCCACUAUAUUGGUUUUCUCAUGGCGCGGCUCUUGUGAUUUUCGAGUGUGUACAGUGCGUACAUUUCUCGGUAAAAGUGUUUUCUGCUUUUCAUGUCAGUAUCAUCAAAUAACGCAAGGACAUCCCUAGAUAAAUAUUGUUAAAAUAAAAUCAACCAUUUUUAUAACAUCAUCAUUUAACACAUGUCAUAUCAUUUGUUUUGUAACUCCAGUUAAACCAUCCUUCACUUAAUACAUGUUUGGGUGACAUUUUUGCAGACAAACUUCCAUCAGUGAUGUUGUUUAGGUUGGAAUGAAAAUUAUAGAGAGAGUAUGUAAUUUGUUUCAGUAUAUAAAACAAUAUUUUUUUCAGUGUGAAUAUGAAAUAUGGUGUUCAGGGAUGAGAGAUCUAUAGAUGUUAAAUUUGAAACAAACAUUGUGUAUUAUGAUGAUUUUGAUUAAAUAUUUAUUGACUGUGAAGAGUCGUGCCACAUUGUGGUGUUGCACACUACUAAAUAAUGACUUAAUGUUUAUGAUAAUAAAAUUUAAUAUUUCCAUGAGAUUUAAAAAUAUUUCAUUCUGAUAUGGAAAAAUGUUAAAGCAAGGCAUCAAAGACCAUGCAUUCAUUGUAAAAAAGCAGUGAAGUAGGGCUAUUAUGUCUUUAUAAAAGCUUGCACAUUCUAAUUGAAAUAAAGAUAGCUCAUAUAACUGAUAUGAAGACAUGUUCUACACGUGUAGUAAGUAAAACACAUGAAAUAUGAUUAAAGAACAGCACAAAUGAAAUGAAAUUAUAUCUAUUUCUUUUAGACAUAAUCCACUUCUAUAUUCUUCAGUAUUCUAGAAAUAUGUAAUAAAAUAAUGUCAUUAAUUUUAAUCUAUCAAAACAGAAGAUUGAGAGUGUCUUAUCAUGUUACUUGUUAAUUCAUUUUGGAAUACACCAUUAAGAAUAAAUUAUCAUUACAAGUGA